AUGACCAACUUCAUACGGACAUACAUCGCGGAGUCGUCGUUGCCAGAGCCGCUGGUCAUCAUGGCUGAUGUCGACGAGAUACCGGCCGCCCACACAAUCAAGCUGCUGCGGAUGUGUGAUUUCGGGAAGUCGAUCCAUCUCCAGCUGCGCAACUAUGUCUACAGCUUCGAGUGGUUCGUUGGGUUGCGUGCCUCGGUCCACCAAUGGGCUCAAGACACAUACUACCGCCACGGGCAGAGCGGCGACACUGUUCUUGCUGACGCUGGAUGGCACUGUUCCUACUGUUUUCGAUUUCUCUCUGAAUAUGUUGUCAAAAUGCGCGGGUUUUCUCAUGCAGACCGCAUCGCUGGUCGCAUCCACCUUCUGGAUCCCGCCCGCAUCCAGGGUACGAUAUGCAAAGGGAAAAACAUAUUUGGGAUGCUUCCAGAAGCGUAUAAUUAUGUCGACCUCUUAUCCCAGCUUAGUCUUGAACCGUUAAAGACCGGCGUCCACCUUCCACUCUUCCUGGUCGAGCAAGCAGAACGCUUCAAGCCAUCAAUAUCGGGUUAUGCUCGACUACGAGCUCAAUCGUGGUAUGCAGAAACCGCUAUAGAUCAAGGUCAUGGUCAUUAG